AUGUCCACCAAGACAAAAGGCUGCAGCGGCCAUAGCUGGGGCUUCAUUGCGCCUGAUGUUCAGGAUCCGCCACUAUGCAUCAGCUUGUGUAGGGAGAGGUUCCUCAAGGAGCUGGUGCCAGGGGAUGAGACAAUUGAGCGCGUGUGCGAGGUUCUUCAAGACAGGGACUGGAUGGAAAAGGAGCAGCCGUUUCGGGCGCUUUAUUGUUGCGAUGCUCAGGCUUGUGGCGUGGAUAAUCUGGGCGAGGGUGGAAAAGAUCGAAUGCCCUUGGGCGUCAAAGUCACCAUAGCUAUCAUCUCAGUCGUCGGUCUCCUCGCCAUCGCCGCCCUCAUAUUCUGCCUUCUUCGACGACGUCGAUCUCGCAAGACCGAUAUUCGAAGACUCAUCAAACAUCCAUCUUCACCUCCUCCCCGCGCAGACUCACCUACACCUUUGGUUUCACCCACUAUUUCUCAUACAGAUCCUGAUGGUGUCCCGCUCACACCGCCUGCACGACUUCGAGAGCGAAGAUUUCUAGCUGAUGAGCCGAAUGGGUUUCCUACGUCCCCGGUGUAUUCACCAACAAGCAGUAAGCUCUCGCCACGACAUGAGAGGACACCGAGGAUUUAUAGUGCCAACCAAGUUCCCAUGAUAGUCAUGACGGCUCCGGAUGGAGGAAAAGUCAGGGAUGAUGGAUCGCUAAGUUUCAGUGAUGGAAUUAUCACUCCUCCGCCCUCCGCUCUUAUAGCACCUCUUGGCUAUAACACUCAAACUUCUCCACCAAGACCCCCGAGAUCUCGCGAUGCUUCAUUCAACAUGCUCGCUAGUCCUGGGCCUCCACCCACGAGGGCACUUCCAUCAACGCCUCCUUAUCGCCCGUCUACUCCAACGUCGCCACCUGGAAAAGGAACGAUGCCUCUCUGA